GCCUAAGCUGUUCCCUUAUAUAUACUUCUCUUCUCCCCAAGUCCUCCAGUCCUGCUCCUCCCCAUCUCCCCAACACAUCGGAUCUAGUUCCAGGCAAGCAGGCAGUCAGGCAGGAUUCCUCCUCGAGUUGUCCAGACAUGGCGAUCAACGACCACCUACUUGAUGCGAGUUCCUUUUCGGCAACAGCCUAUGGAAGUCGACUACCCUCCCCUCGCAGUCGUGAUGCCAGAGAGCGUGGAGUGUGCGGUAGAAAAGCGUCCUGGCGGUCGUUUCAAACGCACAGCCCAGAAAAAGAAAGCUUACAAAGUAAGAUACAAUCACUAUUUUACAUCCUCAUGUUUGUGUUUCUGCUAUGAGUACGUCUUAUCAGGCAAGUUACAAGACACAAACAUAGCUUUCAGUUUUCAUUUAUCAACUCAGCCACAACUCACCAUUUGCUAUCUUCAGCCCUGCAUUGAAACACAUUUUAAAUCAAUUGCUCUGCUCUUAUUGGUUGUGUUCAGGAGAAGAAGUUGUGGCCGGCAGCAGGCUCCAAGUCUGCCGAGAGUGGCUGCAAUGAUCCAGACGGCCAGGUCGACUACGUUCCCGUGGAAGUCGUGCGGCCAGAGGGCAUGGCGGGUGAGGAAAAAAAGCAUUCCUGCGCUCCCUUUAGACCUGGAAUCUUUAAAAAUCAAACUUACACAAGGAAGAGAAGGUGUCCGGCAGCAGCCUCCAAGUCUGCCAAGAGUGGAAAGGACGGUAAUAUUGUGCCGAUGAGGAAGAGAGGGAGGCCAGCAGGCUCGAAGUCUGCUAAGAGUAAAAUGGGGCGCAGACCAGCAUUGGUCGAAACGAGCAGCAGUAGAAGUGAGCGCAAAAGAAAUAAAGAUGGUGAAUUUGACCCAACGGUACCACCGGCCUUGAAAAAAGCCAUGAAUGUACAAGAAAAUUUACCGGGACAAUACCCAAGCUUCACCAUGCUCAUGCUGCCGUCACAGGUCGUUCGUACUUUUUGGCUGGGUCUCCCGAGUCACUUUUCGAAAAGCAAUCUUCCAAACUAUACUAUUGAUAUUACAUUAGAAGAUGAGCAUGAGAAGAGCUAUCAUGUAAAAUACCUAGGUGGUGGCAAGAGCAAGGGUCUCAGUGGCGGGUGGGUUAAAUUUGCGAAAGAUCAUAAACUUAAGGUCAAUGAUGCCACGGUCUUUCAACUGGUUGAACCGACGAAAUUUAAGGUGUAUAUAAUAAGAGAAAAAGAGUUGACUACAACGGAUGAUGAUCCAGAGGUCACCAGAACCAGCAGCCCAGCACCGGACAAUGAUGCCAACAACCUAGCUAGUGAAGAAGCAUUUCAUGGCAUUGACGGCAUGAGAUCUUCAGGUGAUCCAGACACCGGUUUCGAUGGCGUGAUGAGCUUCAGGGAAUUCAGUAUCGCCAUUGAUGGCAUCGACCAUGAUUUUUUCCCUGACUGCCAGCGCAUGACGUACUACAAGCUCUGCCGCGAAAGGAAGGCGUUGCUCCACAGGCAUCUGAUCAAGAACAUAAGCCCUACACUGGUUGCGGCAGUUAUCAUGCGGACCAUCAGCAUCUCCGAGGGCAUCAGGGCCUUCUCGUUUGCAUCUUCUUGUUCUGACCUCGCCGACUGGAAGAAGACCCUGGAGGGCUUGGAGCUCAUGGGUAUGGACGUUGCUUUCCUGCGGCAAAGCGUCGACGACCUUCUUAGCCUCCUCGCUGCCCGAUCCCAACGGUGCAGCACAACGGCUACGAAGAGGCCAAGCUCGAGAAGGGCCGUGCCGUGCUGAAGCUGGUGUUGGAGAUGGCGUCUCUGCUUUGACGGCUAUGAAUGCAGAGACAACAGAGAUGGAGUCGAGUGCGAGGAAGGAUGCGUAAGCUACGCGGGGGUUGGCGAUUGCACUAUGGUGGCGAUAUUACAUGCAACAUUCUGUGCACAUCUUCAGCAUUUUAUUUUCUAGUUUGGGGGAAAGAACAUCUUCAGCAUUUUAUUUUCUAUUUUGGGGGAAAGAACAUCUUCAGUAUUUUUUAAUUUUAUCUUUGAGGAAAGAACAUCUUCAGUGACCAGGGUGUUGUACACAUCAACUUCAAGUUGUGCACAGCAAUGCUGCAAAAUGGAUAUAUUUCCUAGUC